CUUCUCUCCCCGCGCGGCUCUUUGACCAGCGAGGAGGGCGACGCGAAGAGCUCCCGGGGGCGAUGUACCAGAGCCUGGCCAUGGCCGCCAACCACGGGCCGCCGCCGGGGGCCUACGAGGCGGGCGGCCCCGGCGCCUUCAUGCACGGCGCGGGCGCUGCGUCCUCGCCGGUCUACGUGCCCACGCCGCGGGUGCCUUCCUCGGUGCUGGGCCUGUCCUACCUCCAGGGUGGUGGCGGGGGUGCUGCCACCGGAGCCGCCUCGGGCGGCAGCUCGGGCGCGGCCCCGUCGGGUGCCGCUCCCGGGACACAGCAGGGCAGCCCAGGCUGGAGCCAGGCGGGAGCCGAGGGAGCCGCCUACACCCCGCCACCGGUGUCCCCGCGCUUCUCCUUCCCGGGGACCACAGGGUCCCUGGCGGCCGCCGCCGCCGCCGCCGCCCGGGAAGCCGCGGCCUACGGCAGUGGCGGCGGGGCGGCGGGCGCGGGCCUGGCCGGCCGCGAGCAGUACGGGCGCGCGGGCUUCGCGGGCUCCUACUCCAGCCCCUACCCGGCCUACAUGGCCGACGUGGGCGCGUCCUGGGCCGCGGCCGCCGCCGCCUCCGCCGGCCCCUUCGACAGUCCGGUCCUGCACAGCCUGCCCGGGCGGGCCAACCCCGCCGCCCGACACCCCAAUCUCGUAGACAUGUUUGAUGACUUCUCAGAAGGCAGAGAGUGUGUCAACUGUGGGGCCAUGUCCACCCCACUCUGGAGGCGGGACGGGACCGGGCACUACCUGUGUAACGCCUGUGGCCUCUACCACAAGAUGAACGGCAUCAACCGGCCCCUCAUUAAGCCCCAGCGCCGGCUGUCCGCCUCCCGCCGAGUGGGCCUCUCCUGUGCCAACUGCCAGACCACGACCACCACGUUGUGGCGCCGCAAUGCUGAGGGUGAGCCGGUGUGCAACGCCUGUGGUCUCUACAUGAAGCUCCAUGGGGUCCCCAGGCCUCUCGCGAUGCGGAAAGAGGGGAUUCAAACCAGAAAACGGAAGCCCAAGAACCUGAAUAAAUCCAAGACAGCAGCAGGUCCUUCCGGCAGUGAGAGCCUUCCUCCCACCAGCAGUGCUUCCAGCAGCACCACCACCACCAGCAGCGAGGAGAUGCGCCCCAUCAAGACAGAGCCCGGCUUGUCAUCUCACUAUGGGCACAGCAGCUCCAUGUCCCAGACGUUCUCCGUCAGUGCCGUGUCUGGCCACGGGCCCUCCAUCCACCCGGUCCUCUCUGCCCUGAAGCUCUCCCCACAAGGCUACGCAUCUCCUGUCAGCCAGUCACCACAGGCCAGCUCCAAGCAGGACUCUUGGAACAGUCUGGUCUUGGCUGACAGUCACGGGGACAUAAUCACUGCCUAAUCUCUCCUCCUUCCCUCCUCAAAUUCCUGCACGGACCUGGGAUCUGG